AUGGCUUCCCAAGCACUGGCACAGCAGCUCCACUUCGUGUUGUUUCCAUUCAUGGCCCAAGGCCACAUGAUACCAAUGAUGGACAUUGCAAAAGUAUUGGCACAGCGCAAUGUUAUCGUGACAGUAGUCACAACACCACAAAAUGCAGCUCGUUUCACAUCAAUCUUUGCUCGUUAUGUUGAGUCUGGGUUUCAUAUUAGAUUAUUUCAACUUCAGUUUCCAAGUAAAGACGCUGAGUUACCAGAAGGAUGUGAGAAUAUGGAUAUGCUACCUUCACUUGGCAUGAGCACGAGUUUCUUCAAUGCAACAAAUUUUCUUCAGCAACCAGUGGAAAAACUAUUUGAAGAGUUAACACCACCACCAAGCUGCAUAAUCUCUGAUAUGUGUUUGCCAUAUACAAUCCACAUCGCUAGGAAAUUCAAUAUUCCCAGGAUUUCUUUUGGUGGAGUAAGUUGUUUCUGUCUCUUGUGUAUGUAUAAUGUAAGAAAAUAUAAUGUCAUGGAGAGCAUAAAUACUGAUUCGGAGUAUUUUGUUCUGCCUGGUAUACCUGACAAAAUUGAAAUGACCUUAGAUCAGACAGGAACAUCAACAGAUGAAAGCUGGAAACAGCUUCAUCAAGAAAUGAUUGAAGCUGAAAAGGAUACUUAUGGGGUAAUCAUGAAUUCUUUUGAAGAGUUGGAGCCAGCAUAUGCAAGGGAUUACAACAAGGUCAGGAAUGAUAGAGUGUGGUGUAUUGGGCCAGUAUCACUUAGUAAUAAGGAUCACUUGGAUAAGGCUCAAAGAGGUAACAAGGCCUCAAUUGAUGAGUGCCAACACCUAAAGUGGCUUGAUUGUCAGAAGCCAAGGACUGUAAUCUAUGCAUGCCUUGGAAGCCUGUGCAAUUUAACACCAUCACAGUUGAUAGAGCUUGGUUUAGCCUUAGAAGGAUCAAAAAGACCCUUCAUUUGGGUUAUCAGGGAAGGAAGUCAGUUAGAAGCAUUGGAAAAGUGGAUCAAGGAAGAUGGAUUUGAGGAAAGAACCAUAGCUCGAAGCCUUGUAAUUCGGGGUUGGGCUCCUCAGUUACUAAUAUUAUCACACCCUGCAAUUGGAGGGUUCAUAACACACUGUGGAUGGAACUCUACCUUGGAAGCAAUAUGUGCUGGUGUGCCAAUGGUUACAUGGCCACUAUUUGGGGACCAAUUUUUGAAUGAAAAUUUAAUUGUGCAGAUAUUAAAAGUUGGAGUGAAGAUUGGUGUGGAGAAGUCUCUUAAGUGGGGCAAGGAAGAGGAAGCUGGUGUGGUGGUGAAGAAGGAAGAUGUUGAAAGGGCAAUAGAAAAGUUAAUGGAUGAGACGAGCGAAAGUGAAGAAAGAAGAAAAAGGAUUACUGAGCUUGCAGAGAUGGCUGACAAAGCUGUAGAAAAAGGGGGAUCUUCUCAUACUAACAUGACCUUAAUAAUACAAGAUAUCGAGCAAAAAAACCAAUUUAAAGUAAAAGGCCUCACCAUGUAGUUUUUCUCAAAUUAUCUAUCUUUUUAAUGUUCUACUAUUGUUUGCAAGCAUAUCUUCUCAUUAUCCUAUAUAAGAAAGGCCAUAGUUUCUCCUUAACUAUUUCAAAUUUGUUUAAAAAUUGCGUUAAGUCAGUACUAUAUUUGUAGUGAAUAGAAUAGUUUUGUUUCGCUAGUACAGUAUAUAUAAUUUGCCAUACCCUAGUCUUGAGUCUCAGUAU